AUGUACGUCUUUGAAAAGAUAUUAACUUUUGAGCUAGCUGGGCAUGAUAUUCUGACUGACCCCAAGGAACAAUUUCAGUGUGCAGCUAUCAGCUUAGCUAAUAUGUUGCAUGAGAUGCAAGAGCGUUCUGCUAGAGCCUGGAGACGUGAGGAGUGUCUGCCUCAGUCUGUGGUGACCAGGCUAUCGAGGAAAAGAUCCAGACUGGAGCUGGUCACCUUGCUUGACGAUUGA